AUGUAUCUGCUUUGCGCUCUCCUAGGUCUGCUCUCGCUUAGCGAUGGUUUCCAGCCUAACUGUCCUGGAAGAUGCAGCUGUGAUUCAGGGCCGUCCGUGCAAUGCUACAGGCUAACAGAGGUGCCUUCCGGUAUUCCUGCCGACACCAAGAAGCUGUACAUCAGCCACAGCAAAAUUCAACACCUCCAGUUAUCGAAUUUCAUCCAAAUGUUGGCUCUAGAAGAUUUCAUUCUGCUGGCCAGUGGAACAGAGUCUGUAGAAAAGGACACUUUCAAAACUCUGCAUACCUUGAAGACCUUGGAACUCUGGAAAAAUAAGUUAAGACAAGUUCCUGGUUCUCUUCCAAGUAAUCUUGAAGUAUUAAAGCUAAAUGAUAAUUUAAUACAUGUCCUACAUGAAUCUGAUUUUGAAGGACUGAAAAAAUUAAAAAUCCUUGAACUUAAAAACAAUCUCCUCUCUGCCCUUCCAGCCAGUACACUGUCCUCCCUUGUCACCUUGCAAAAUCUCAUCUUGGAUGGCAACAGUAUUGAGUCUGUGGCUGGACCACUGAUCCUUCCCCAUUUGAAACGUAUGAGUUUAGAGAAUAAUAAAUUACAUCUUAUACCAGUCAAUUUCUUUAAUUCUCUUCAGUCUUUGCAGUUUCUCAGUUUCAGUGGCAACUUUCUGACUAAAAUUCCUAUCAGUCUGCCCAAAUCCUUGCUCUCUUUAAAGAUGGAGAGAAAUCAGCUCAAAGUGGUAAAAUUUCGGGAUAUGAAACACUUGGAGAAUCUUUCCCAUCUUUACCUGUCAGAAAACUCACUUUCUUCCAUAGAUGGGGCACAGCUUCUUGCCAAUUUAACCACUCUUGAGUUGUCCCAAAACCAGCUUAAGACAUUGCCUCUCAGAUUACCAGCUAGACUACAAAAACUUGAUAUCAGCAAUAAUCUAAUUCAGAGGGUUACAGCUCGAGACUUUCAGGAUCUCCGAGACUUGAAACACUUAUUUCUGGACAACAACAUUGUCAGCUUGUUCGAAGCUGGAGCCCUGCAAAGGUGUUCUCAACUGUCCAACCUGGCUCUGGAACAGAACCUACUAUUAUCCAUUCCUCUAAGGCUCCCGGAGACCUUAGCCAGGCUGGACCUUAAAGGCAACGCCAUUCAGGACAUUGCUGAGAGGGAACUCAAGGAUCUCAAGCAGCUUCAGGUUCUAAACCUCCGGAACAACAAGAUCUCUGCCUUAGACCUGAAAGCCUUGGAGGGGCUGCCUCGCCUCAGGCACCUGUAUCUGGAUGGAAACCCAUGGAACUGCACCUGUAGUCUCCUGAGAGCCAGAGAGGUCCUGAAGGCUAAAGGCACAGACGUGAGGGGAGGACAAUGUGCAGCACCAGCUGAACGACAAGGCGAGAGCUGGAUGUCUUCCAAGAAGAUCAUGAGGCAAUGUGAGCAUCACUUACAUCAGACCGAGAAAAACAAAGACACCAAAAAGAAACCCAAACCGGAAGAGCACACCAGCAUCAAAAUCAACAUGGAUGAUGACUAUUAUGAUUAUGAGCUAGAUUAA